CGGGAGAAUCCUUCCUCCCUCGGACAUGGCGCCCACCUGCCCGGCGGCAGCAGCGGCCCCUGGCGCCGCGCUCUGCGGGUCCGGGCCGAGAAGCCUCUGGGGCGGCAGCGGCGGGGAAGGAGGAGGCGGGGGCGCCGAGGGCGCGGCCCGAGCGCGCGCGCGGUAGAACCUGGGGCACGUGGGGCUACACGGGACGCCGCCGGCAUGGUGUCCCAGGUGCUGCAGCUGCUCCGCCAGGGCGUGUGGGCCGCGCUUACCGGCGGCUGGUACCACGACCCUGAGCAGAGCAAGUUCACCAACAGCUGCCACCUCUACCUGUGGCUGUUCCUGCUUCUGCUGCCCUUGGCGCUGCACCUGGCUUUCCCACCAACCAUGAUAACUGCCUUGUUCUACUGCAGUUCUGUGACUGUGCUCUUCACAAUCAUCAAAGUGGUCAGCUACCGCCUGCACCUCAUGUUUGAUAAAGGAGAGGUGAUACAGCAGAGGUCCCCCAGGAAGAUGGAAAAGCCAAAGAAAGACAGAGAGGCCAACAGUGAACACGCCACUAAUCCCAAACAUCUCAGCAAUACCAGGCCAAUUCACAGCAGCAAGAAAGAAGAGAUGGGUGGGGGUGUCCCCACACCUCCCCUCCACUGCAGCUCCCAUGGGCAAAGCCUCAGCUCACAUCGCUCUUCGGGGCCGCUGGAGUUGCCCGUGCAGGAAACAGUGGAAGAUCUCAAAGGAGUCAUUCUGUCCAAGGACCACCCUGGAGCACCAAUGUCGUCUACCUCACCUGGCAUCAAGACGGAAAGCUUACCUGCUUCUCAGGUGUGCUUGCCAGAACCCAUGCCCAGGUCAGCAGGACUUACCAAUCCGGCUGUCCCAGAAGCUCUCAUCAACGAGCAAAGGAGGGGACGAGAAGGCCAGGGGCAGUGCCCGCCUUGCCACAGGUCUGAGGGUGGCUUAGUAGACAGGGAAGAUUUGAAGAAGUUGCCACGCCUGUCUUUAUCCCAAUAUGAUCUACUAGAAACAGAUGUUUCUUUCCAGCCCUGGGGUAGUGAGAAUUCAGUACUGAUUCCAGAGCCAGUCACCUGUCCCCAAGGCUCCAUAAGGGAGCAGUUGCAAAGCAGGUCACCACAGGACAGCCUGAGCAACAGUUGCCCCCAGUGUCAUACUGUCAUGGCCAAACCAGCAGAGAGGCUGGCGGGCACUUCCAGCCAGGUGGACUUGCCCUUUAGCCAGGGCAUAAACUCCUCAGAUAGUGAGGUGACUGUGACUCUCAUUGAUACCUCUCAGCCUGGGGACCCGUUAAGUCUGCAUGAGCCCAUUAAAAUCGUCAUCACAAUGAGCAGUAACUCCAUGACAGAGGAGGGGAGCUGCCUCCACCUGAAGGUGACAGGCACAGAGCAGGUUGGCCCAAGGUCUCAUAUGGAGCCAGCUUCCCCAAGGGGGGCCAGUCCUCCAAAGGCAGAGCAUAUCCAAAUUCCUGUGAUCACCCUUGAACUGUCUGAGGAUGGAGGAGGAGGUGUCACUGGGCCUGAGGGCCACGGAAGUCAGAGAAGUCCAGAUAGACUGAGGGUGGAGGCCUCUGAUCAGUGCUCUUCUGAGGAGGCAGGAAGAGCCACAGAGGCCUGCAGUCCUGGCCCAAGGCAUGCCAGGGAACCAGCCCAGGCUUCCACACCCCCAUUGGCCUCCGAGGCUGAGGGUGAGGGGGACAGCCAGGCUAGCCUGGACCCAGCUUCUGAUAAGGGCAGCCACGAGAAGAGACAUGCCCGUGUGCUCAGUGUGGACAGCGGGACCCAUGUCUUCUUGAGCAGAAGUUCUAUGGAUGUGGUUAGUGACAAGGAGAAAACUAUACCUACUUCCAAAUCUGACCUGGAGGCGAAGGAGGGGCAGAUUCCUAAUGAGUCCAACUUCCUGGAGUUUGUCUCCCUGUUGGAAUCAAUCAACACUUCCAAGGUGGUGACCUCCACUCAGCUAAAGGGCUCAGCAGAUCAACAUGGAACCAGUGAAGCCAGAGGACUUCAUGGAGAUCAUUACUCACAAGGGAAAAAGGAGGAAAUCCUGGAGAAGAAAACACUCACUGGAGAGGAUUCCAAGCCAGAAAAAUCAGACUUGCAAAGUCAAGACCACGCUGGCACCAGCCCCGUGUUCACCCCACCUGCCAAGGCCGCAGCGCUUUUCCAGGGCAAUAGACAAAGACAAAUAAUCUACAGGGUAACUUCCCAACAAGACAGUUCUGUCUUGCAAGUCAUCAGCGGGCCAGAAACCUCUGUGCAGGAGGAGAUCUCUGUGGAUGCAAUGCAUGUUUUCAUCGAUGAACAUGGGGAAAUUAGGUCCUGUUACUUAAAGUCGGGAAAUCAGAAAGAAGGCUCCUUCCAGCAUCCUGUCUCAAAUGAGGACUGUGCCUCCCAGGCCAGAGAGGUGCACCUCAGCUCCUCCAGCACUAGCACUUGUGAGAGUCCAGACCCAUCCUCCGGGGACCCUGCAGUCAGCGCCCUUCAACAGCAGCUAUUGCUCAUGGUGGCCCGGAGGACACGCUCAGAAAUCCCACGGCUUGUAAGUCAGGAUCUGGAAGACUCAUCAUGUUCUUCAGCACCAGGAAAAUUUAACAGAGAACAGUUUUACAAAUUUAUCAUUUUUCCUGGCAAGUGGAUCAAAGUCUGGUACGACCGGCUCACCUUGUUGGCAUUACUUGAUCGGACUGAAGAUGUCAAAGAGAAUGUGCUGGCAAUUGUGCUCAGCGUCCUGGUUUCCCUCCUGGGAUUUCUGACACUGAACCGAGGCUUCUGCAGAGACCUGUGGGUGCUGCUCUUCUGUGUGGUCAUGGCCAGCUGCCAAUACUCCCUGCUCAAGAGCGUCCAGCCCGACCCUGCCUCACCAAUACAUGGACACAACCAAAUCAUCACCUAUAGCCGACCCAUCUAUUUUUGCGUUCUCUGUGGCCUCGUUUUGCUUCUUGAUGGAGAAGCCAAAUCCAGGCACCCUCCCCAUUACAUCGUGUAUGGCCUGAAGCUCUUCUCCCCAGAGUCCCUGCAGACAGCCAGGGACUACCUGAUAGUAUUUUUGUAUUGCUUCCCUGCGAUUUCGCUCCUUGGGCUCUUCCCGCAGAUCAACACCUUCUGUACUUACCUUUUGGAACAAAUCGACAUGCUGCUUUUUGGUGGUUCUGCUGUGUCUGGGAUCCUGUCGGCCCUGUACAGCGUGGGCCGCAGCAUCUUGGCAGCUGCUCUGCUCCACGUUCUCUGCUUCAGCGCAGUGAAGGAGCCUUGGAGCACGCAGCACAUCCCGGCGCUGUUUUCAGCCUUCUGCGGCCUGCUGGUUGCAUCAUCUUACCAUCUAAGCAGGCAGAGCAGUGACCCAUCCGUGCUCCUGUCUUUUUUUCAAUGCAGAUUUUUUCCUAAAUUUUUACAUCCAAGCCUGGAAGAGUCGUCCACAGACCCUCUCCCCCAGAAGAUGAAGGAUUCGGUGAAGGACGUCCUGAGAUCAGAUCUUGUUGUCUGUUCGGUGGUCGCUGUCCUAUCCUUUGCUGUGAGCGCCAGCACUGUGUUCCUGUCACUGAGACCAUUUCUCAGUGUGGUGCUCUUUGCCCUGGCAGGCGCCGUGGGCCUCAUCACUCAUCAUCUGCUCCCUCAGCUCCGCAAGCACCACCCCUGGAUGUGGGUCUCUCACCCUGUCCUCAAAAACAAAGAGUACAAGCAGCGGGAAGUGAGAGAUGUCGCCCAUUUAAUGUGGUUUGAAAGACUCUAUGUUUGGCUUCAGUGUUUUGAAAAAUAUAUCUUGUACCCAGCAAUAAUUCUGAAUGCUCUUACCAUUGAUGCAUUUUCAAUAAGCAAUUACCGGAGACUUGGUACCCACUGGGACAUUUUCCUGAUGAUCAUUGCUGGCAUGAAGCUGCUUCGGACUUCUUUCUGUAACCCAGUUCACCAGUUUAUUAACUUGAGCUUCACUGUCAUCUUUUUCCACUUUGACUACAAAGACUUUUCAGAGAGUUUCUUGCUGGAUUUCUUCAUGGUAUCCAUCUUAUUUAGCAAGCUCGGGGACCUGCUUCACAAGUUACAGUUUGUCCUGGCCUACGUGGCUCCAUGGCAGAUGGCUUGGGGUUCAUCGUUCCACGUGUUCGCGCAGCUUUUUGCAAUUCCUCACUCCGCCGUGCUCUUCUUCCAGACGGUUGCCACAGCAGUCUUCUCCACCCCGCUGAGCCCAUUCCUCGGAAGCGUCAUCUUCAUCACAUCCUAUGCCAGGCCAGUGAAAUUCUGGGAGAAAAACUACAACACAAGGCGAGUGGACAAUUCCAACACAAGAUUGGCGGUCCAAAUUGAAAAGGAUCCAGGGGGUGAUGACAACAACCUCAAUUCCAUCUUUUAUGAGCACCUGACCAGGACACUUCAGGAGUCCCUGUGUGGAGACUUGGUUCUUGGUCGUUGGGGUAACUACAGCUCUGGCGAUUGCUUUAUUUUGGCUUCAGAUGACCUCAAUGCCUUUGUCCACCUGAUCGAAAUUGGCAAUGGUCUUGUCACAUUUCAACUCCGAGGACUGGAAUUCCGAGGAACCUACUGCCAGCAGCGGGAAGUGGAAGCCAUCAUGGAAGGUGAUGAGGAAGACAGAGGCUGCUGCUGCUGCCAGCCUGGUCACCUGCCCCACCUGCUGUCCUGCAAUGCUGCGUUUCGCCUCCGCUGGCUCACCUGGGAAGUUGCACGCACACAGUACAUCCUGGAGGGCUACAGCAUCAUUGACAACAAUGCAGCCACCAUGUUGCAGGUGUUUGACCUCCGCAGGGUCCUCAUCCAGUACUAUAUCAAGAGUAUAAUAUACUACAUGGUGGCAUCCCCCAAGCUCCUCUCCUGGGUCAAGAAUGACUCACUUCUCAAGUCCCUGCAGCCCUUUGCCAAGUGGCAUCACAUUGAGCGUGACCUUGCAAUGUUCAACAUCAACAUCGAUGAUGACUAUGUCCCGUGUCUGCAGGGGAUAACCCGAGCCAGCUAUUGCAACGUCUACCUGGAGUGGAUUCAGUACUGUGCGGGGAAGAGACAAGAGCCUUCAAAGACCCUGGACAGUGAUGAAGACUCUCCUUUGGUGACUCUGUCUUUUGCCCUGUGCAUCCUUGGGAGGAGAGCUCUGGGGACUGCAGCACACAAUAUGGCCAUGAGCCUGGACUCCUUCCUCUAUGGCCUCCAUGCGCUGUUCAAAGGUGACUUCAGGAUCACAGUGCGGGAUGAGUGGGUGUUUGCCGACAUGGACCUGUUGCAUAAAGUUGUUGUUCCAGCCAUCAGGAUGUCCCUGAAACUGCACCAGGACCAGUUCACGUGCCCUGAUGAAUAUGAAGACCCUGCAGUCCUCUAUGGGGCCAUCCAGUCUUUUGAGCAGAAAGUGGUGAUCUGCCAUGAGGCCGACCCAGCCUGGCGGGGCGCUGUGCUAUCCAACAGGGAGGAGUUGCUGACCCUGCGCCAUGUGGUGGACGAGGGCACUGAUGAGUACAAGGUCAUCAUGCUUCACAGGGGCUUCCUGAGCUUCAAGGUGAUCAAGGUGAACAAAGAGUGUGUGCGAGGACUCUGGGCUGGGCAGCAGCAGGAGCUCAUCUUCCUCCGCAACCGCAACCCAGAGCGCGGCAGCAUUCAGAACAAUAAGCAGGUCCUGCGAAACCUGAUCAACUCCUCCUGUGACCAGCCCCUGGGCUACCCCAUGUAUGUCUCCCCGCUAACCACGUCCUACCUGGGGACCCACCGGCAGCUGAGGAACGUGUGGGGCAGGCCUGUCAUGCUGGACAGCCUGAGGACAUGGUUCCAAGCCAGGUGGCUGAGCAUGCGCAAGGACUGCAACACUGGGCAGAGGAGUGGAGGCGCCAUUGAGGACCUGGAUGGGGGUGGGGCCCCAAGUGGGGACAGCAGCUUGGAGCAGCCCCAGAAAGGUGGCACCCAGCCCUGGGUCUCCCCGUGCAAAGGUGCUCAGAGGACAGGCCACAGGAAGGGCAGGAGCCAGUCUGUCCAGGUGCCCUCAGCACUCAGCCAGAGGCUGCCUGUCCUGAGCUCAUCGGGCCCCAUUGUGGAGAGCCGCCAGGCCUUCCUGCAGACAUCCACGUCGGUCCAUGAGCUGGCCCCGAGGCCCUCAGGCAGCCGGCUCUCCUUGCAUACCUCGACCACGUCCCUGCACUCCCAGCCACCCCCAGGCACCACCACAGGCCACCUGAGUGUCCGAGAGCGCGCUGAGGCACUCAUCCGGUCCAGCCUGGGCUCCUCCACGAGCUCUACCCUCAGCUUCCUCUUUGGCAAGAGGAGUUUUUCCAGUGCUCUCGUUAUUUCUGGACUGUCCGCAGCAGAGGGGGGCAACACCAGUGACACACAGUCAUCCAGCAGCGUCAACAUCGUGAUGGGCCCCUCAGCCAGGGCCGCAGGCCAUGCCACACGGCACUUCUCUGAGCCGUGUGACCCCACUGAGGCUGCAGAGCAGGGGCAGCUUCGUGACCGACGACUAGCUGAGGCUGUGGCAGAGAACCUGAGGGUGAUGUGCAGAAGAGCGAGCCAAGAGGACAUGGGCCUGGACGACACAGCUUCCCAGCAGAGUGCUUCUGACGAGCAGUAGUGGAGUGGCACCUGGCAGGGAGGAAGGCUCCCCUCCAGCCCCUUUCCGUCUUCUCCCUGUCCCCAACGCAGUGAGCAAGCCGCUCCUCACCCAAGGGGCUCUUCCACAGGGGAAAUGGGAGCUGUUCUAGAAAAAGUCACUAUGUUUAUCUCAGGUUCUUAAAAAGUCUCACAUGAUGGGGGACAAAGACACCACACCUCUUCCCCACGCACACUGCACAAAGAGUUUGACAUUUCAAACAAAAGCCAUUUAAUAUCUGAAAACAAGUAAAGCAAGUAGAGCCCGUAACCACUGCACACUAGUAACUGGCACUUUGUGCACUGCUGUUAUGAGGAAAGACAGGGAUCACAGCACAUGGGACUCUAGGGGUGGGUCCGGUGUGUAUAAGUCCAGCCAUCGUGCAAGGACUCUCACUUCUUUGUAGUAUUUAUCCAGCUGUAGGAGUAGUCAGCAGCACUUCCCUCACCGAAUUCUGGCAGUGCAUGCAGUCCCGUCUUCCGUGCUCUGUGAGGAGCCAGGAUAGGUCAGGAUGGGAGUUUAGAAAUGGACUGCAUGGCCAGACAUCCUGGACCACACAACACUACACAUGUCCAAGUGAUUCUGGGCCACCAGUACCCUCCGCUCCCCAGGAACUCGUGCUAGUCUUCCAAGCUGAGCAGCCCCUGCUGUGCCACAAGCACACUUGCACACACCUUUGUUUCAGAAAUAAAAUGUUUACAGUUA